GAGAAGACCUGGUCCCUUUACUGCUCAACCAGAUAAAACACACAAGCCAGCUGUGACCUCCUAAAACAUAAUAAUUGAGAUCGUCACGUUAUAGAUAUGAUAAUUAUGAUGCUUCUCGGACCCCAUGGUAUCUUGUCUGGAGGCUAUAUCUGAUGACAUUUAGACAGGUAGGGAUGCUCCCUCUAAUUCAGAUUACGAUGCGAGGAGUUUGGCAGCAGAACUCAAUUAUUGCGAUAUAGCCAACCUUGAGCAGAAACCGCCUGAGUGAGAUCGGCUCUGACUACGUGUAUGCUACUGCUGCUUGGAAAUAUCCCCACGAUCGAUCCGUCGUUAAACGCUUUGGGACUUUUGCAUCCAUUUAGUGGAAGCAGACGACAGUGCUGGAAGACGAAAAUUUCAGUGGAGAGGUGUCAAGUCUGGGUAACAGCGUACAAUAUCACGAUUUGUCGACCUAACAGACAUGGAUUAAUAAUUUGCGGAUUACACGAGAUGAACACGGGUUGGAAUUAGGCUGUGCUUGUGUGUUAGAGUUGUCGUCUGCUGACGGAACUAUCGUCUGCCGUGUUCGGGUUUUGGCGGGAGACACAUGGCUGAACGAGAUUUCAGUCUCUUCAAACAGGAAAUGAUAAAGGGACAUAACUCGUUCCGGAUGUGCCACGGAAGUCCAGAAUUAUCUCCCUCGGAAGACCUUUGUAAAGAAUCACAGGUGUGGGCCAACAGUCUGUCGGAGAGGGGUUAUCUUCAAUACAGUGAAACAUCAGGCGUGGGAGAGAACAUCAUCUUCCUGGACCUGAACGGCAAGGAUCCCGUGGGGGAGGAGGUCUCCAAACAGUGGUACAGAGAGUGUGCUAAAUAUGACUAUUCAACUCCAAGAUGGCGGAAAGGUGCGAUGAACUUCACCCAAAUGAUUUGGAGAUCUACUUCAGAAAUUGGCGUAGGAAUAUCCAAGGUGAAAGGUCAAGAUCGAUAUGUCGUGGUGACCCAGUACAGACCAGCGGGGAAUAACAAUAUGCCAGGAGAAUUUCGUAAAAAUGUUCUUCCGCCACAAUGACGUCUCUUCCGCUGGAGAAAUAGCGGCAUUUAAUGGGGGACGUAAGGCUGGUCUUUCAAGUGACAGAAUCGCCGAUGUGGACGUUUCACGGAGGCGUCCGUCUCAGACAUGAUCAAGACUUUUGUGGAAUUCGAGUCAACCCUUCUCAUCACGCUGUUCUGAUCCAAACGCGCUCCACUUCUGCCUUGUAGCUAGCCAACAGAUUUACAGAGUGUUGUGAACAUCAUGGCGGCACAGAAGCCUGCUUUACCGGUGGUGCACGUGGUUGGACACACCAAAUAUGGGCAUCAUGGGAGUGCGUUACCAUAGCAACGGAUACCUAAACCGUGAAACGGGAAAUUGGAACAGCAAUUUUCUCUGAACAGAUUUGUUAUACUUUACUGAAUGCCUGUUCCUCUCAGUCAAUGAGGAAAGAGGAUAUUGAGUGGGUCAGUGGAAGUAUUUUGAUGGCACUAUCCUUAAAGGUCAAGGACGUCCAAGUGCCCAGUUGAAUGCAAAAUAGAAAUACUUAUUUCUUUGUUAUUGUGAAUACUUUAUUUUCAUUCUUUAUUUCGCAUAGUGCACUGCUUCGUCAUAUGUAUUUGUGCAUGUGGUCAUUUUAAUUUUACUUGGCUAUGGUUGAUAAAAAUUGAAAAGCACAAAGCGAAUAUUUUACUGUAGAUCCAUUUAUUACAUGUUGAUCGGGAAGAAACAGUGGACACUUUACUGCUGGGAUGGUUAUGUAUAUGAACUCUAUGUCCCCUAUACCUGAUUUCGAUUUUCGGUUUGGAAGGUAAGCGGUGACCUUGACACUGACCUUGACCUCUUCAUUUGACCAGGUGAGAUGGUAACGGUCAUUGCCGCCAGGGGGCGAGAUGUAAACAAGCUAUACACUGACAAGGUCACCGUGAUACCGAACUCCUGUUCUGAGACGUGAAAACUUGUUACGUUUUGAAAUUCGGGUCGACAAAAACCUUCUUUAGUAUGGAUCUCAUGUAUCAAAAUGGACAUACUGAUUUUACAACAGGAGCUCAAGAGUAUAGGGACAUACGGUCCGUUAUGGAUUGCACGAAGGAUGCAUUGAUAUUGAUGGGUAUGACCCAGACAAUUUCAUAGUGAUAUAAUGUCUGCUGCAAGAAUAAAAGCAAGGGCACACGUAUGAAAUGUUAUUCGCCUCGACUGAAAGGUCAGCUAGGAAUGUUAUAACUUUAUUGCAGUUAUAAUUACCUCCCGUGCAAAGAGAGAAUUGCAUAAUAUGCAUGUGCAGCCCGUGAUUGAGGAUCAUUUGGCUUAAUAACAGAGAACCCUAUUUCUCAAUUUUGUUUACUAGUACAAAAUUUCGGAAUGAAUUAAACUGGAAUGAGUUAAUGGUCAUCCAUUUCGAUUUUGUGGAUAUGUUUCAUGAAAUUUCGGCAAAAGUGUAAUUGAUACUUAUCUUGCUUAUUGAAUAAUUAUCCUGACUGUAUAUUUUCUUGCUGAGGAAAUUAAUGGUAAAAAAUAUCGAUUCCUUACCAUUUUCGCCAUCAGGUGUGCUUGUACUUCUUUAAGUACCCAAGCAACGCACGUGCUGCAAAUGCGCGUCAGUGACACAGAACUGACACGACAUCUGGGAUUGAAACUAACUCGCACGUGCUGCACGUGCAGCCACAUAAUGCGAGGCGAGACAACAGUCUAUUUCACUUGUUCAUGACAUGCGAGGGUAUUCUUUCAGAUAUGAAACAUUUUUUAAAACUUCAUUUUUCACUUUAUAUGCAAUGCCUAUGCUUUUUCAUAAACCUUUGAAUAUCUAAGUAUACAUAGUGUGGCGUAUAUUUCACUGAGGGAUAUUUAUUAAAAAUAUAUCUGGAUAGUUUCUCUCUAUUACCAAAUUGUUGCGACCAGAAUAUGUGACUAUAUUAUAUUUUAUAUAUAUGUCCAUUGUUUAGAAGUGCGGAUAUCUUCAUAAAUGAAGACCAACCGUCCGUUUUAAUGAGGUUCCACUUUACUGGUUAUAUUGCGCACAAGUUUAAGAAAAGCCGAAUUCACAGAAAGUAUGUUUCGUAUUAAAGGUUUUAUAUAUAUAAAGAAUGAAAAACAUUUUUCCAAUUAUUACAAAUCAUAUGUAAUUGCAUUUUCGAUUAGGCAGGGUAUUACUUCUCCGUUUUAUCACAAUAAAAGUUGUGGCCCCAUUCGCUACCAUAGUUUCGUUUGGACGCUAGGUUUUAUAAUAGGAGAUAUUUAGAUGGCGUCGACACUUCUGGAACGAAACUUUGGUGACGAAUGGGUAAACUUCCCUAGAUCACUGAGGAUGAUCUGCGAGUGGUGGAAAUAAAUACGGUGUUUCUUUUUACUUUAAAUUUUAUAUUUAGAACACUUAAAACGAUUCCAACAACAUUAUGGUUCAGCAUUGUUUUCAAAUAACUCCAUGGUAUAGUUCUUCAUCAUAUCACGUUGCAUAAAUAAUCUAAUGACAAGAACCAUGUACAAUUAUUAAGUUUGAAACACAUUUAUAUGUUCCAUAAUGAGUCACGUCUACGCAUAACAUACGGACGGGCAAAGAGUGUUAAUAGAGUUACCUCCCUUCCUUGAGUUUCUCUAGUUUUGUCUGUGAUCAUGUGGUCAUUAUUCAUUAAACAUUCCUUAUUUAA